CCGCAGCCCGAGUGACGAAUGGAUCGUUCCGCAGUAGGUGGGGCUUUCCUGCGGGCAACAGAGCGCAGAUCAAUGAAGCAGGCGAUUUACCGAAACUGGUUGGACAGGACGAGGUGGGAAUAAGCCAUCGACACGCACUGAAUCAAGGACGAAGGAAUUAACGAUGAUCUUUGCAAGCACCGCCAAUCCAGUGAGGACACCUUAUCGAAAGCAGCCUCCUGUUGCUCCGCCCACACUCCCAAUGGCUCCGCCCAGCCCAAGCACCAAUAGCAGCACAAAUAACAGCAGCAGCAACAGCAGCACGACCGGAUGGGAGCAGCUCAGCAAAACCAACCUCUACAUCCGCGGCCUGCCCCCAUCCACCACCGACCACGACCUUGUCAAACUCUGUCAGCCGUAUGGAAAGAUAGUCUCCACAAAAGCCAUCCUGGACAAGACCACAAACAAAUGCAAAGGUUACGGCUUUGUGGAUUUUGACAGUCCAGUGUCAGCGCAGAAAGCUGUGGCAGCGCUAAAGAACAACGGGGUUCAAGCUCAGAUGGCCAAGCAACAGGAACAGGACCCAACCAACCUGUAUCUGUCCAACCUGCCAGUGUCCAUGGACGAGCAGGAGCUGGAGAACCUCCUCAAGCCCUUCGGACAGGUCAUCUCCACUCGCAUCCUCAGAGACGCACACGGCGUUAGCCGAGGUGUUGGCUUCGCCAGGAUGGAGUCUACAGAGAAGUGUGAUGCUGUGAUCUCUCACUUUAAUGGGAAGUUCAUUAAGUCCACAUCUGGAAUGCUGGGCGCAUCAGAGCCGCUGCUCUGUAAAUUCGCUGAUGGAGGACAGAAGAAGCGACUGAGUCAGAAUAAAUAUGUCCCCAAUGGACGAAACUGGACACGGGACGCCGAGGUGAGACUAAGUGGGAUAACACUGACCUAUGACCCCAAUGCUGCUGCACUCCAAAAUGGGUACUACGCCCCUCCCUACAGCAUGGGGAACAGGAUAAUGACCCAGACAGCCGUGUCUCCGUACAUCUCACCUGUCUCCACUUACCCGGUUCAGAGUCCCUCCUGGAUGACACAUCAGCCGUACAUUAUGCAGCAUCCGGGAGCUGUCCUGUCGCCCUCUAUGGAGCACCCCAUGUCUCUGCAGCCGUCCUCCAUGUUGGCUCCUCUGACCCAGCAGAUGGGCCACCUCUCCUUAGGCGGCACCGCCACUUUUAUUCCGGCAAAUACACCUAUGCAAGGAGCGUAUAUCCCUCAGUAUGCUCAUAUCCAACCUGCUGCCAUUGCCACUGAGGAUCCCAAUGUGCAGCCCCAGGAUGUGACCUCCAGUGAUCCCUCCACCUACCCAUUCCAACCGAACAAGCAAUAAAAGGUAACAGAAAGCUGACCAUGGUUCGUGAAACAUGUCUACACCGCCUGUUUUCCAGGUGAGCAGUUGGAGGCGGAGUCAAAAGAGGGCUGCUAUGACUACAGGCUUAUCUUCCUUGGAGAGGAAGUGACAUCAGAGAGGAAAAGACACCUUUUUUUGCACAGGUUCCAAAAAACACAAAGUCCACGGUUUAAUCAACUUCAACAACCUCAAAGACCCGCAGCAGGUGCAUCAGCAACCAAAACAAUGCAACUCAUCACAGACAGACAGAAGGCUUGGGAGAGAAGUAGACGUUUUAUUUUGCUAAUGAAAGGAAACCAGACGAACGCUUAUUUUUUACCAAGGACUUCGGCACAGACCAAAGUCUGUGAACACUGGACUCCAAAAAAAAAAAAAUGCAGUGUGCUAGUACCUUUAGAUGCAUGAGAGGACUUUUUAGUAUGGUUUUUAGUGUGUUUUUACUGACCGUUUCACACACUCACACACAAGAAAAGAAAAUUUGCUGUGGUAGUAGCAAUGAGGAGGUUUCUUUUUGCUUUUGUCUUCCGCACUUUGCCUUCUUGUUCCGUAGUAACAGAAAUUUGCCUUGUAAAUACUGUAGAGCGGGGUUUUAGAUUAUAACGCUCGACGGCUGUUGUUGCUCUUCUCUCCUGUCUGUCAAAGCGGAUAAUUCACAUGCUUUACUUUAGGUUGUUCUCUGAAUGCAGAUCGUGUAAAGUGUGUGUCUUUCACUGGAAAGACAAAUUCUGCUGUCCUCUGAAGUCUUCUUGCCUUUUUUCAGUCAAACUUGAUGUGGUAGUUGUAGUUGAAGCUGUUGUUAGUUUGGGAGGGGUGGUUUGGUGGGUGGGGUGGAGGGAGGGUUAUGGAAUUUGGGGGCGGGGCUUGAUGGGGUGGAGAAUGGAAUAUAGAUUAUAGGGGAAGCGCUCGACGUUGGGGAGAUACACCGUUAUUAGUCGUUUUUCAGAGAGCAGAUUAUGAUGCUUUUUUUCAAUGGCAGUUUUUUUCUUUUAUGUUUGAACACAGUGUGUAGAAAUUUCUUGUACUGAGAGGCAGAAGUGCAAUGUUUCUUUAGAUAGAAAGUAAGAGUUGUACAGAACAAGAGUUAAAAAAAAAAUGAGAUCCUUUUUAUAACUAAAUCAAUCAUUGGGAGGUGAAUCCCGGAUUUUUUCUUUUUGUUUGCGAUUUUUAUUACGCAUUUACCCCUCUAGUUCAUGGCAAUAUUAAGGGCUGCAGCUGUCAAUCAGAAACUAAUAUAAGAUGCAGUGACUUUAGAAUAAAAUAAAAAAUGUAUUCUGUUAAAAACAGAGCAUGUGAGAGCAGAUACAUAGUGUUUGUAGAGAAAGGAACAAACACAAACCUUCGGAACCAACGAAGGAUAAGCUCUUAGAUGUUAAAUUAUAAUCGAGUCCUGCAAAGGAAAGGAUUAAGGCAAUAAAAAUAUAUAAAUCAAGGCAAAUAAGAUACUUUCCACCAAAGACCAUCAAAAUUUUCCCAUCAGUAUGGACUAACGCUAAGGUGCAGGUGUAAGCUAGAUGUAUGGAUAUUUGGAAAUUGUGCCUUUUUUGCCAACUCGGUUUUGAUCAAGUUUGUAUUUACUUGUAUACUCAGACAUGAAGUAUCUGAGAAUAAGGAGAAAUACACGAAACGCUAAACUAAUCAAAGGCUAAUGAUGCAGAUUCAAAAGAGGCUUUGGUCUUUAACGUAGAUAGUUAAACAGAGUCACGUGUGUCGUUUUUUUGCGGCUGUUUUCUUUUGAUGUCCAGGUCAGCUUGGCCGUCGAUCUACCUCAGAGUUGUAUCUGUCGUCUGAUUGGUCGGGUUUGCAGGUCUAUCCUGCCCAAUCAGGAGGAAAAACACCAGCUCUGGAGCUGGGAUCAUACGGGACUUCACAUUUAACACAUCUGUUCGUCCACUUCUUCAACGGAAACAUUUGUGGUUUUAUUCGUGUCUUUUGUUUGUUCUUUUUGUAUUUUGAUGUUUUGAUGUGGGCCUCUUUGUUCAGAAAAAGCUGUGGCGGUGAGAAAAGCCUGCGUGACUGCUUCAAAAAAUAUGUUUCAUGAUAAGAUGAAUUAUGUUCUAUUUCCAAACAGCUCUACUGGAUCGUUGCAGUCUCGUUCAGUUUACUGAGGCUCAAGCAACCAAAGUAACUAUAUAUAUAUAUGUAUAUAUAUAUAUAUAUAUAUAUAUAUAUAUAUAUAUAUAUAAAUAUAAAAUAUCUCAAUGAGGGACAUUUUUCAGUUUCUCCUGCCACAAUCCUUCAUGUCGACAUUGAGAGAGUAAAGGGAAAAAAUAUGAAGCAAGGAAAUGAUACACAGGUUUCACAGAAAUGGUGACACUUUUUUAUAUUGCUUAAUUGUACACAUGCCACACUUUUGUCAGUGGUAACUUGUACGUCCAACAAUAACAACAACAAAACCUGCUCCUGUGUUUUGUUUCUAUUCUUCAACCUGUCGAUUAUUUUUUUUUAUUUAAACGCUUUUUAUGUUUUAUUUCUAUGAUGAUUUCCUCUGUGAAAAACUUUUGAAUUAAAGACAGAGCUCAAACCUG